UCUACAAAGCAAACAUUUGCCGUGCAUCUGAAAGGCCUGGUUCGGAACCACCGCAAAACUGGACCCAGCUUUCUGCAAGCCGGGACCAUGAAUAAACCCUCCGAAGGCCAGGUCCCAAGUCCUUGAAAGGCCCAAUCGGGUUCCUUUUGGGAGCCCCCCCCGAAUCCAUCGGGCGUGCUGUCUCCCCAGGGUGCUCCCCUGCCCACCCCGCCGCCGAGACAGCUCCCCACGUGAACCGGCUUCCGGCCCGGCCCGCUCCACUCACCGUCUUCUUUGCGGCCACCAUCUUCCUGCCUCAAGUGCGGGACGGCCCCCAACCUACAACACACGGAGCACAGGAAAGGGAGCUCAGGAACCCGAGGUCCAAUGGCAACCCGCGGGGCCCCCCGCGAGGCGAAAGCGCCAGCCGCUGGAGCCCACUCACCAGAUGCAGCCGCCAAGAUGGCCGGGGAGCGAGAAAGGAAGUAGUUCCCACAAUGCAAAGCUCUUCACCACCCAGCCGGGAGCCCCGACCGGAAGCGGAAGCAGAUCGCAAGCGGAAGAGGCGGGGCAAGAAGGGAAGGACCGCUCCGGUUGCUAUAGGUACCGCUGGGGAGGGCGGCGCGGGUGUUGUGAGCUGAAACCGGCCAAGUGCCUGAGGUCGGCCCUGCUCGUGGCUCUGGCUUCCAGCUGCGGCCUGAGGAGCCGCGGUCGGCGGAGCUGGCUGGGAGCUGGAGAACCGGCUGAAGAAGAAAGCGAGUCCUGCUUUGUCCAACCCAAACCCCGUACAUUGGGAGGAGAAUCUACUACUUAUGACAAGGCACAAAAGGAAAACCUUCCUCCAUUAGAGAAGCUCAAGAUUUCAGCAGCGUCUACAGCUAAUGGUGUUAAAUCCCUUCAUGAUCAGCCCCUGGCAAAGGAUGCUGCAGACCCGCUGGGAUCCCCGGAGAAGAUUCAGCCUUUAGAGGGACCCCAGGAGUCUGGGCCACUUCAGCAAGAUGGCAAAGAUGAAACUCCAGGAGCAGGAGGACAGAAAGAUGUGGAAGCAGUGACAGAGGCCCAGCCUUUAGAAGGAAAUGCCGAGACGGAACCUUUAGGAACAGAAGCCAGGCAUCAGCCUUUGAGGACAGCCGGCGAGAGGGACUCCCCUGGAGCCGUAGGAGACACCGAGACUCCACAGACUGCCAGAGAGAUGAAACCUCUAAGAAGAGCUGGAAAAAUCCCACCUCUGGAAGCAGGUAGAGAGUCACAACCUCCAGAAAAGCCCCAACUCCUAGACACCGUUCCCACGGAGACGGAAGCUCCAGAAAUAUUGGAAGGACGUCAGCCUGUUGAAACAGCUGAGGAACAUCAACUUCAAGAAACACUGGGGAGGGAUGAGCAAUCCCAACUUCUAGAAACAAUGUCCAAAGGGAAAGGAUUUCUGGAAAUAUCGGAAGGAAGUCAGCUUGUGGAAGCAGCUGUAAAGAACGAUUUGAUUCCUAAAACUCCUGAAGGUCUGGUAAACAUGGAGCAGAUUCAACCUGAAGGAAUAGUCGGAAGCGUGGAGCGUCCAGCGGGAACUCUGGAAACAGGGACAAACAUGGAAAUGGUCAGGAAAAUUCACACCAAAAAGGAGGACCAAAACAUUGAAGGCGAGACAGGCGAAGAGGUUGGAACAGAGAUGGAGAAAGUUAGUGAAAGAGCGGAAACAAAAGGAGAAGAAACAGGAGGAGCUGUGGAUCUUCCAGCAGCCACCUAGAUAGAGCAUGCUGAUGCCAUCAAGAAUUGUUUUGCGAACCCACCUUGGAAACGGGAAAGACCAUAGAGAUCAAACAGUGAAACGUGGCUUGUCAUUAAAACCGCCGGAGCGCCUGGUAACACGGCUGGUUUUGCUGCUUUGGUGAAGGAAGGCGCUCCCUAGGUCGCUGUGAAUCACUGCUUUUACAUUAGCAUCAAAGACUGGCCUAAUGAUCAUGAAAGAAGUCUUUCCAUUGUCUUAAGAGCCACACUUUAUUUGAAUCACUGACCUGUUAAGAGCUUCUCUAAAAAAAAUAAAUUACAAAAAGGGAGAAUAUAAAGUUGUUUUCUAUUGCAGAUAAAUUCACUGAUUCUCCAAAGAACAAGCCUCUUUGCUCUGUGGAAUUUGGAGGCCACUUGCCGCUUAUGUAAAACUUGGUGAAUCAGGGAGCCCAGAAAGCUUGUAGCAGUCUACGGGAUUGUUUCGGCCACCGGGGUGUUAAAAACCAUUGUGCUCACUGCUCCAGCUCUUUAUUUAAGAGAAACAGUAGCACCCUUCUAACUGAUGUUGAUUUUUGUGGAAUUAAUUUUAAUUUUCUUUUAAUUCUAAUAUUCCUCCUAGUCUAAGCAUCCUUUUUAAAUUGGGAGAGUUUAAUCUGUUUA